GUGGGGCUGUGACAUUUGAAGCGCAUGGUGACUGAAAACAGCUCGCAUGGGCUGACUAUAAAUUCUCACACAGCGUCAAUCUACCUUGCUACUAUGACUGCAGCCGAGCGCACCCUUCACUUUCUCCACUUGAGUGGAUUGGUGAGGAAUUUAUCGGAUUACACUUUGAUUGGUCGGCGCGUCAGCCUUGCGCACCAACGUCAUGAUUCUGUCCCCCACCACCUCUGUCAGCAGCAAAGCCCGGGGAUGCUGAAGCAGAGCAGAAACGUAUCGGAAGCGACACCAGUGUGAGUAGGAUGAGGACUCAGAGUGAGAUGUAACUGGAGAUGCAGCACUUUCGCCAACAAACCGGACCUUCAUUGAAUUUUAAAGUGCUUCAUAUUAAACGGGAAGCAGCAUCUCUCCUCUCCAAAGCAAUCCAUUAUUGACGAUUAAUGUCAAACUGCAUGCUUGAGCAGCUUAAUGCUGCCUCACUGGGUGGAACAUCACUGAUGGAAGGAAAACCUCAUAAGACUCAGCUCAUCAAAUUACACCUAAGAGAAGCAUGAUGCCUUCAAAAGUAUCAUGUUUAUACAUACUGACAGUGGUCUGCUGGGCCAGCGCCUUGUGGUACCUGAGCAUUACACGCCCAACAUCCACCUAUGUGGGCCACAUGGCUGUGCCUAAACGCCGGAUUGUGAAACCGCCUCCUAAAAACAUCACAUUUUCCAACAUCCGCACACGCCCCCUCAACCCUCAUGCCUUUGAAUUUUUAAUAAAUGAGCCGAAAAAGUGCGAGAGCGUCACGCCUUUUCUUGUUAUACUCAUCAGUACCACGCACAAGGAGUUUGACGCACGGCAGGCCAUCCGGGAGACCUGGGGCGACGAGAGCACCUACAGUGACAUACACAUUCUCACCAUCUUUCUUCUUGGCAGAAACACGGAUGAUGUGCUUAACCAGAUGGUGGAGCAGGAGAGCCAGAUCUUCCAUGACAUUGUAGUAGAGAACUUUAUCGAUUCAUACCAUAAUCUCACACUCAAGACAAUGAUGGGCAUGCGCUGGGUAGCGACAUUCUGCCCAAAGGCGCAAUACGUUAUGAAAACUGACAGUGACAUCUUUGUCAACAUGGAUAAUCUUAUAUACAAGCUUUUGAAGCCCAGCACUAAGCCCAGAAGGAGGUACUUUACAGGAUAUGUGAUAAAUGGUGGUCCCAUCAGAGAUAUGCGCAGUAAGUGGUACAUGCCCAGAGACUUGUACCCUGAAAACAAAUACCCACCGUUCUGCUCAGGUACUGGUUAUGUCUUCUCAGCAGACGUAGCAGAGCUAAUCUACAAGACUUCGUUGCACACAAGGCUGUUGCAUCUGGAGGACGUGUAUGUGGGAAUGUGUUUACGUAAACUAGGCAUACACCCUUAUCAGAACAGUGGGUUUAAUCACUGGAAAAUGGCCUAUAGUCUCUGCAGAUACAGGCGUGUUAUCACAGUUCACCAGAUCCCACCGGAAGAGAUGCACCGCAUUUGGAAUGACAUGUCCAGCAAGAAGCACCUGAGAUGUUAGGGAUUAUGAAUGACAACUUCAAGUUAUUCAACUGACCCUUUUCCCCAAUGUAUCCUGUUACAUAUUGUCACUUAAUCAUGUAAGAUCUGCAGCUGCUUCUGCAACCCUCAGUUUUUUGUUUUGUUUUGUUUUUUUAUGGAUUUAAUGGGUUUUAAUUAAUUCACUGGUAUCCAUAUCUCUGUUUGCUAUCUACAUCACUUGAAAGCUGUGUAGUCACUUAUUUGAAACGGAAUUUGAAAGUUGGUUUCUGUUAAAGGUUUGUAAGCUAUUAAUAUCUUUUCUGUGGGAGAUGACUCUCAAAGCAUUGCUAUUUAGUAUAAAUCCAGUUUGGUGGCUUCCAGAAUUUUUAUCUGAAAAAGGAUAGUAGGAUAAAAAAAAAGUCUUAAAACUUAAAACUUUUAAUGACAUACUUGUUUAUUUACAUAGAGGCAGAUUGGAAUAUUGAAAUUGGAUACAGACACUCACUAAUGGUCAUCACAAUUGGAAAGGUCUAGUUACCCCUGCAGGAAACUGAGCCUAAAAGUAACACUUUGGGAUGGCCAAGCCUGAAUCUGAUAGAGCUCAGACUUGAGGCUGAUUUAUAAAGAUACAAACAUUUAAAAAGUAGUGGAAACAUCCAAAACUAGUUAGCAAUCAUGAAGGUUUGAUUGCUUUAAUGAUGUCAGAUGUUAUCUAUAUAUCUGAAGUAAAAAUAACUCA